CUUCAUGGCCGUGGAGAUGUUCAACCGCAAGAUCGAGUUCAUUUGGGACGCUGGAGGAGGAACCAAGCGCAUCGUUCACCCCCUGAGGCUCUUGACCAACGACCAGCAAGUCACCGACGACACCAAAUGGUACCACAUCAGCAUCAGCAGGAUCGGAAACAUAGGUCAGCUGACCGUCCUGCCCGCGAACCUGCCUCCGGGAGAAGAGGCGGACUCGACCCCCGUCAGCGGUGCCUCGCCUGCCGGGUUUAGCAAGAUGGACCUCCUGCCGACGGACACCCUGUGGAUUGGCGGAGCUCCCCCGCGGGCACAGAAUGUCAUGAAGGCCAAGAAGUUCGCCGGCUGCCUCCACACGGUCUUCAUCGACGGGGAGAACAUCGGGCUCUGGAACUUCACCGAAUCGGAAGGCUGCGGCGCUUGCAACGAAGGAGAGAAGCUGGUCCUGAAGCAGACGAACGAGAUCGCCGUCGGCUUCAACGGGAAGGGCUACUUCAAGGGCACCAACAGGAUCCGGCGACCCAAGCAGUACUACUCGACGGUCCUCGCCUUCAAGACGCUCGACGAGGACGCGCUGCUCUUCCUGGCGGUCAACGAGGCCAAGAACCAGUACUUCAGCAUCUCCCUGGACGACGGCCACGUGGUGUUCACGGUGCAGUUCGACCGCCAGACGCGCCUCAUCAUGAAGUCAGGCAAGAAGCACAACAACAACGAGAUGAUCCAGAUUCAGGCGAUCGUCCAGAACAAGGCCAUGGGAGGAGCUCGCAUGGGCCGACUGGUGGUGGGCGACCAGGACCAGCUGGGCACCGUCAAGGGAGGACCUGACCUUGACCUCUCCUACGUGCCCUACUACUUCGGAGGCGUCGACCCCGAGUUCGACAGGAAUAGAUGGGGCAGCGAGUUAGUCCUGCGUUCUCUCCUUGGCUGCAUGGGUCGGCUCAGUGUCUUGGACGAGGGCAAGAAUCCCCUGACAGAUGGGCAGUUCUACGGCAUUGAAAACACUUGUGCGGAGAAGCCUUUGAACGAGGUCGGCUUCCUGGGACAGGGCUUCGUGGAGCUUCCUUCUCACGUCCUGAAGCGCGAGUCCAACUUCGGCUUCACUUUCCAGACCAUGGAGUCCGACGCUCUCCUCAUGCUGUCGACCUUCGUGGGGCAGGACAGUGAAACAGAAGGAGAUAUGUCAGCACCCACCACCACAACCACCACAACCACAACACCCACUCCUCUGGAGCCGGGCGAGGUGCACCCCCCUGACUUCUACUCGGUGUCACUCGUCGAGGGCCACCUGGACAUCCAGCUCAACGGAGGAACAGGGAUCGAGAGGAUCAUGUCAGCCGAGAAGUUCAACGACGGCCAACUGCACUCCAUUUCCGUCAUCAAGGAGAACCGAAGAGUGACCCUGAAGGUCGACGACCGGGAAGUCAACAGCACGCGCCUGGACCGCGGCGGGCAGGUGCUCUACGGCCCCAACACGGGAGGCCUCUACUUCGGCGGCGUCCCUCAGGGCCUCGACAUCGUGACGAUGGUCGGCUCCUCCAGCCCCUUGAAGGGCUGCAUCCGGGACGUCAUCGUGAACAACAAAGUGCUGCCUUUCAACCAGCCAAUUCAGUUCCAAAAUGUGUACAUUGGAAGGUGUGCUGACGUACCAGCUACUGCUAUGCAAGGAAUGGAGGGUGAUAUGAAGGUGAUCGACUCGUGCAUGCCCCCGACGCAGCACACGGUGGAGUACCGAGCCCUCAAGUUCGGCGACAAGUUGGACUCCCACGUCAUGAUUCCUCUGGACCGAAACACGUUCAAGAAGGACUUCAAUAUAUCCUUCGAAUUUAGGACCUAUUACCCCAAUGGAUUGUUUUUCUUGGCCUCGCACACGAGGAAGAAGCAGACGCAGACCCUCCUGGCGCAGCUGAAGAACGGCCGGGUGACGGUGACCAUGAAGAGGAGGAAGAAGGAGAGCGAGAUCGUGUCGGGACCGGGGCUCAACACGGGCCGCUGGAGGAAGGUGAUCAUUCGCAAGGCCAAGAAGCGCCUGUGGCUGACCGUGGACAACCAGCUGAUCAAGAAGGUCAAGGCCCCACGCAAGUUCAACGUGGGUCAAGAGCUGUUCCUGGGCAGCGUGCCGUCCAACGUGGCGAGGCCGGAGGACGUGCAGAUCACCGAGACCCUCCGCGGCUGCCUCCGGAACCUGAACAUCAACGAGGAGGCGUUCGAGAUCCCGAGCAACAGGAGGGCGGACCGGAUCGUGGGCGUCGGGCAGUGCUUCGCCAGCGUCCAGCCGGGCUCGUACUUCCCCGGCGACGCCUACGCCGUGUACAGCAACAACUUCAACGUGGGCGCCCUGCUGGAGCUGCGCCUCGAGUUCCGGACGUGGGAGCUCAACGGGAUCAUCCUGUGUGCGGACCCGUCGGGCGCGGCGCUGUCCCUCGAGAUGGUCAACGGCGCCGUGGUGCUGAGCGUGAACAUGGGCGUGGGCCACUCCUUCAGCGCCCGCGUCAGCCUCAAGAACAAGUUCAGCCUCUGCGACAACAAGUGGCACACCGUCAAGGCCAACUACGUCAAGGACUCGCUCACCCUCAGGGUCGACAAGCACCGCGAGGCUUACGGCUUCAACGGCUCCAGCAACGAGAAGGGAACGCCCACCGACGCGCCGCUCUUCGUGGGCGGCCUCCCCGAAUCGGCCCUGCAGGGCACCCUCGCCACCAGGGAGAACUUCAAGGGCUGCAUCCGGAACAUCGUGAUGAACAGCGAGCGGCGAGACUGGACGGACAUGUUCCAGCUGCAGAACGUGCUGUUGAACGCCUGUCCUGUGCUAUGAUGAACACGGCGGCUUAUUCCUUGGGCUUAAUUUACCUUCUGCGUAUUUAUAACACGGGGCUGGGCGUUUGUGCAGGUGGUACUUGGCACUGAUUUUACCAUGAAGAGAAAUUCUAUGACUUUUUAAAGAAUUCUUUUAGUCAUAUAUAUAUAUAUAUAUAUAUAAUAUAUAUAUAUAUAUAUAUAUAUAUAUAUAUAUAUAUAUAUAUAUAUAUGUAUAUAUAUGUAUGUAUGUAUGUAUGUAUGUAUGUAUGUAUGUGUGUAUGUAUGUAUGUAUGCUUACAUAUACAGAACAUAUUGUUUUACUGAAUUUGACAAAUAAUGUAUUUGGAUUCCUUUACAGUCCAAAAACCUUUAACGUAACGCGAUGUAUUUUUCCUUACAAUAUGUCAACAUAUUGUGGUCUCUCGUAACUAGUACAUGAAGCGUUUCUCAAAUGAAAAAGUAAUUUUGAUUCUAAUGUAAUAACAUGGCUUUCCUUUUUGCUUUGGAAAUAUCAGUUAAUAUGAACUGAAACGGAGAAAACGGCAUUGGUUUUAUAGGAUUAAUUUUGUGUCUGUGUCACAAAGGGAGUGAAUGUCAGUUUUUUUACUUUUUACUUUUAAUGAAAAGGAAGUGCUUUAUCGCACUAUAUUUAUUAUUACAUUAUUAUUAUUAUUAUUAUUAUUAUUAUUAUUAUUAUUAUUAUUAUUAUUAUUAUUAUUAUUAUUAUUAUUAUUAUUAUUAUUAUUAUUAUUAUUAUUAUUAUUAUCAUGGCUAAUGCAGUAUUUAUAAAGAAUCAUUAAUAAGUCUUGUAAUUGUCCAAGAAAAAAAUGUUCCGAGCUCAGCGCACUCUAAUAACGUUUAAAUGUUAUUCUGAAAAUUAAUAUAACACGAAAUAACGAGGAAUGUCAGGACAGCUUCUACGUAAACCUAAUGUUAAACGCGUACUGUGGUUAAGCAAAACUUGUUACUAGACUAAACCAGCACAGUGUAUUUGCUUCCGUGUAAGAGUCUUCGAACAGGCUGCUCAAAUUCCGUCUGUCAAAAUGAGAAAGAAAAAAAAAUUAUAUUGUUUUUUUUUAAGAUUAUGCUUAACUGUGGCUGCUGUAUUUUUUAAAUAGUAGUUCAUAUUUUAGCUAAAGGUUUGGACUUGUCUCCUGUACUUACCUUUGUGAAUAAGUGUAAUAUACGAACGUGUGCAUUAGCAUUCACUAGACUUGAAUGGAAUGUAAUAUACUAGGCAGCAUUGUGUGUUAUUUGUGUAUAUAUUGAAUGCUGAGAGACAUAUUAGAUGUACUUAUGAAUCACAAGGAACUAAGAGGUAAUUCACUUGUUAAGUGAUGUGUGUGGGAGAUAAAAAAUGCUUUUUAAUAAAGUGGAACACAUUUGCCUUCUA